AUGAUAAUUCCUAUUUUCCGGUGUCAAUCUCGAAGUAUCGUACGUCGCAUUCCGUCUAUCCGCCGAAUACACACGCCCAUUCGACCUUUGCCAGAAUGGCGAACUCUUCACCCAUAUAAUAAAACAUCCAUUACACUACCAACACCCUCCCUUCUUCCGAGACAGCAACGGAUAUACAACUCUACAGCAGGCGCAACAAGUGCUGGACAGAAUCUGGAAACAUGGGCUCUUCCUGAGACCUGUCAUGGUUGCGGCGCAUUAACACAAUGGGUUUAUCCCAAGGAGCCUGGUUAUUAUACCGUCACUCGAAAACCAGUGAAGCAAUAUAUUCGACAGGUCAUCAGAGACAACGAAUCAAAUGAAACCGCUUUGGUUGACUCAGAGGUGGGAAACAAAGCAGCACCGGAGUCUAAAGAAGUAGGGAUUCCACUCUGUGACCGAUGCCACAAUUUAAUCAACCAUGGGGAAGGCGAUCCGAUACCAUAUCCCACGUUAUCAUAUAUACGUGAUCUAAUUGAGGAAUCCCCUUUCCAUAAUAAUUAUGUUUACCAUGUUGUUGAUGCUGCCGAUUUUCCACUCUCCGUGAUCUCGAACCUUGACAGGCAUGUCCCGCUACAACCGCAACGCAGCCAAAACCGAAGGUCACAUACGAAGAAGCAUGGAUCAAGUCGCCAUCUUGCAGAGCUGAAUUUCAUUAUCACUCGAGCCGACCUGCUGUCGAAUGUAAAACCGCAAGCGGAUUCGCUGAUGAAGGACAUGGUGGAGAUAUUACGACAAAACCUGGAUCGCAAAGAGCACGGCAUAAGGCUGGGGAAUGUCCAUAUGGUUAGCUCGUAUAGAGGCUGGUGGACGAAGCAGAUAAAGGAGGAUAUAUGGAAUCGAGGCGGUGGUGUGUGGAUGGUCGGCAAAGUGAACGUUGGCAAAAGCAAGCUGAUCACAUCCGUCUUCCCCAAGUCUGCUCCUACCUACAAGGCAAAGAAGCUGCAGAAUGCCAGGGGAGUGACGGUAGUAGGGCGCUCCUCCGCAGGAGAAGCAACAGCUCCUCAAUUUGAGGAGCUGGAAGAUGAUGACGCCGGGGCUCCCGUCUUACUACCACCACUCCAAAAGGAGGUCCCAUUCCCCAAUCUCCCCAUUGACUCUAUCCGCCCUGGCACCACGGCUUCUCCUAUCAGGAUACCAUUCGACAAGCAUCGAGGCGAGGUCAUUGACCUACCUGGCCUCUUCCGCUCUGGACUCGAUGAGUUUGUACAGGACAAGCAUAAGCCUGACCUGGUGAUGACAAGUCGCCCGCGGCCAACCCAGCUAUCUAUCAAACCCACGCAGUCCCUCCUGCUCGGCGGCCUGAUCGGAAUCAAACCACUUGAGGAGAAGGAGGUCGUAUUGGCGUCUCCCUUUGUUUCUCUGGAGGCACACGUUACCCACAAGGACAAGGCGGUCGAGAUGCUGGCGCAACAGCGAGAAUGCCCCAACGGGAACAUUGCGAAAGAAGGCAUAGGAGAGCAGAUUACUUCUGCCGGGAUAGUCGAGUUGAAGUAUGACGUGACGUCAAGAUACGCCAAACCGCCAGCCUCAGGAGGACUACCACAAUUAUACCGGAUUAUGGGAAUCGACAUCCUUAUCGAGGGCUGUGGAUGGGUAGAGCUCACGUGUGAAGUCAGGACGAGAACGAGAGCCCCGGAUGACUUCCCCAAGGUCGAGCUGUUCAGCCCUCAGGGGAAGUUCGUUGGCAGCCGGAUGCCAUUGAGCACUUAUGCCUUCAGCCUGAAGCACCGGGCACAGGAAGAAAAUAAGCGCAUAACGAGGUCAAGACGCCCUUCACUGAAGAUGCACCGCCCAAAGUAUUAA